AUGUACCGCCAUGCAUUGCCUGCUGGGUUUGUGCUCAAGAAAGACAAGAAAAAGGACGAAAAGGAAGAUGAAAUCUCAAUGGAAGAGUUGAUAGAGAAUGAGCGAUCUGCCCUCGGACCAAAUGUCACCCGAAUAACUCUGGAGACCUUUUUGGCCUGGAAAAUGAGGAAAAGGCAAGAGAAAGUGGUCAAGGCAGAGCAAGACAUGGAGAAAAAGAAGGCUGAUUUCAAUGCUGGCAGGUCCUUUGGGGUUAGAGGCCAUCAAGUAUUUGAGUUCUGCCCUGAUCUGGCUGAUGAUGACGAUGAGGAGGCUGAUUACAUAAAAUAUGUUGAGGACGAUGAUGACGUUGAAGAGGUUGAAGAUGUUCAGGAGUUCCAGGACAUCGAUCUAGCCAGGUUUGUUCCAAAGGAAGUUGACAACACCGGAAUAACUGUUGCUGCAGUUGACAGAUUCACAGCCAAAUCGAAGCCAACAAAAGGAAAUUAAUGAUGACCAGCUGAACGGGGCUUGUGGAGGUGUGGAGGAGAACGGGCACGACGGGGAUGAGGAGACUCACGAUGACAAGGAAGCAGAGGCCGUGCCUGUGGACGAGAACCUUUUCACCGGUGAGGACCUGGACGAACUGGAUGAAGAACUCAAUACACUGGACCUGGAUGACUGA